CUGAUUGGAGAGUUCGGUCUCCGGAACAAGAGAGAGGUCUGGCGAGUGAAGUACACUCUGGCAAAGAUCCGAAAGGCCGCCAGAGAUCUGCUCACUCUUGACGAGAAGGACUCGCGCCGUCUCUUUGAAGGCAACGCUCUGUUGAGACGUUUGGUGCGGAUCGGGGUCUUAGACGAGGGCCGCAUGAAAUUGGAUUACGUCUUAGGGCUCCGUAUUGAGGACUUCCUCGAGCGUCGACUCCAGACCCAAGUCUUCAAACACGGAUUAGCGAAGUCUAUACAUCACGCCAGGGUUCUCAUCAGACAGAGACACAUCCGAGUCCGCAAACAAGUGGUGAACAUCCCGUCGUUUGUGGUGAGACUGGACUCCGAAAAGCACAUCGACUUCUCGCUGAAGUCGCCGUUCGGUGGCGGACGUCACGGACGAGUGAAGCGAAAGAACCUGAGGAAGACUCAGACCGGAACCGCUCAGGAAGAGGAGGAAGAAGACUAA